UGCGCAUGUCUACUAUUUUGUGACACGACUCCUAAAUCCACGCAAUGAAAUAUACUAAAAGUCUUUGUAAAAUAUACUUUUUGAUAUGAAUUAAGUAGGUUGAUUGAUUAAUGAAGAUGUGGUCAUUUUUUUCUCGUGACCCGGCCAAAGACUUUCAUUAUGAUAUAGGAGAAAAGAUAACUGGUCUUGAAAACAAGUCGAUUUGGGCUAUUCACCAUGGAAAAAAGAAGGGAACAGGGGAACCUGUGACCAUAUUUACUUUUGAUGUGAAAUCAAGCAGUGAAUCACAAGUACAGGUGGCUAAAGGGGCAUUCAAGAGGAUCAAGACUCUUAGACAUCCAAACAUAGUGUCUUUCUUGGAUGGGGUCGAGACAGAUAAAGUGAUCUACUUUGCCACAGAAGCAGUUUUACCCCUUGAAAAUUAUCUAAAUGAGAGUGAAGAAAAUCGAAAUCUGAUGUCAAUAUCAUGGGGCAUCCAUCAAGUGGCUAAAGGUUUGUCAUUCCUCAUCAAUGACUGUAAUCUGAUCCACAACAAUGUGUGUUUGUCUUCUGUGUUUGUCAAUCAAGCAGGGGAGUGGAAAUUAGGGGGUGUAGACUAUAUGUACCCUGCCCAGGGGCAGGACAGUGUACCUCCUGUUAAAAUCCUCCCCCUCCUUGACAGAUAUGAUCCACCAGAAAAGGCAGAGAAUCGAAGAGGUGCAAGAACAGAGAAAUGGUCAACUGAUAUGUGGGGCCUGGGUUGCUUGAUAUGGGAGGUGUUUAAUGGCCCAUUGACACAGACUAGUGCUCUGAAAUCAGUUGGAAAGAUUCCAAAAUCUUUAGUGCCAAAUUACUGUGAACUAGUUGGAGCCAAUCCAAAGUCUCGCCCAAAUCCUGCCAAAUUCAUUGAAAGCUGUAGAACUGGUAAUGGAUUUAUGCAGAACUCAUUUGUCAAGACAAUGCUCUUCUUGGAUGAAAUUCAGAUCAAAGAUCAGUCAGAGAAAACAAAGUUCUUUGCCAAUCUAGCACCAUCAUUAGAUGAAUUUCCAAAAGCUUUCUGUAAAAAUAAGAUUCUGCCCCAGUUAUUGAAUGCAUUUGAAUAUGGUGAUGCUGGCUCCCACAUUCUAGCUCCAUUAUUCAAGAUUGGAAAAUUUCUGGAUGCAGAAGAAUACCAGAAUAGAAUAGUUCCCUGUGUUGUCAAACUAUUUACUUCUCCAGACCGAGCCACGAGAGUCAAACUUCUACAGCAGAUCGACACUUUUGUCGAGUACCUCCAGUCAGCGACUGUAAAUGACAAAAUUUUUCCUCACAUUAUCCAUGGCUUUACAGACACAAACCCUGUGGUCAGGGAAUCUACAAUUAAGGCUAUAGUUUUUAUUGCCCCCAAAUUGAACUACAAGAAUUUAAACGAGGAGGUAAUGAAACACUUUGCCAGACUGCAGGCCAAAGAUGAUCAGGGUGGAAUAAGAACAAACACCACAGUAUGUCUAGGGAAGAUAGCCUGUCAUCUGAAUCCACAAGUGAGACAGAAGAUGAUAUCCUCUGCCUUUCUGAGGGCCCUGAAGGAUCCCUUUCCCCCCGCCAGACAGGCAGGGAUACUAGGCAUGGUGUCCACCCAGAACUUUUUCACAUUGAAUGAAAUAGCUCAGAGGUUAUUACCAGCUAUGUGUUCCAUGACCAGAGACCCAGAGAAAGGGGUUAGAGAUCAGGCAUUCAGGGGAAUAAAGUGCUUUGUAGAAAAGUUAGAAAAGGUUUCUGAAAAUCCCGAGUUAGAAGCAGAGAUGGAGAAGGAUGUUUUGUCUGGAGGUUCUUCAGUCUCUAGCAGUGCUGCCAGCUGGGCUGGGUGGGCGGUGACAGGAGUGUCCUCCCUUACAUCCAAACUGUACAAAAAGGACGGCACAAGACAGAAAGCAACUGGACCACCAGGACCAGCAAAAAAUGUUGGUGAACUUCCAAAAAAGCCUACUCCAAAACCAGUGACUGAUAAUCCAUCAGCCCCAGAACCAAGUCAAACCGAGGAGGAGACAGGAUGGGACGAGGAAGGCUGGGGAGAAAUUGAUGAUACUCCAGAUAUUGAUGAGGAGUCGAGUGAGCCUCGGGCUACUGACGGCUGGGAUGACAAUGAUGAGGAGGACUGGGGUAGUCUGGAGGAUACAGCCCCAAAGAGUGCUGGUCCUGAAAAAUCAUCAGGCAAUUCCAUGAAGCUUGGUUCUAAAAAAGAAGUGGAUGACUGGGGAGGAGACUUUGGUAAUGAAUUUGUGAGUACUGAGGACAGUGGUCUAACAAUGGCUGGGGAAUACAACUGGGGGAAUACAACAGAAACUGGCCAGGAAGACUUCUUUUCUUCAGCUAUGGGACUCCCAAAACAAAAACCAGCAAAAACAAAACCUAAGUCCAGUCCAUCCAGUUCUAGAUCCAGUCCAGCGCCAUCUAGUGGUUUAGCUAGUCAACAAAAGGCUUCAAAAGUGGAGUCUGGGUGGGACGUGGAAGACUCAGGGUGGGGGACAGAUGAGUGGGGUCCUGUAGGGUCAACAAACAAAACCACAGUCCAGAGUCGACCAGCCAAACAGAAGAGUCCUAGUCCUCCUCAAGACACUUCAGGGUGGGACCAAUCUGGCUGGGGUGAUGGCGACGACUGGGGAGCAGCAGGUACCAACAAAAUUGAUGAAGCAAGGAGGAAAAAGGAGGAAAGGGAAGAAAAGAGAUUACAGAGACAGAGAGAAAUAGAGGAGAGGCGUGCAGCCAGGAAGGGUGGAGGGGCGCUGAAACUAGGGGCUAAGAAAACUGCUCUAGAUUGAUCAGUUCUUUGGAACAAACUGUGAUACAAACUAAGUUUUACAAUUAUGUGAGAAGAAAGGAGGUAAUAUUUUAGGUGUACAUAUUCCUGCCAAGAAGUGUCCAAUAUUUAAUUUUAUGCAAAAUCUGUAAGAAAAAGCUGAUGAAAUCCUAUACUAUAUAAAUUGUGUUGCAUAAAUGGAUGCCCAGUCUGAUUUUUGACACUGAACAGAAAAAUGAAUGCUAUUUUGGGAUUAAGUAAUAAAAAUGAUGAUAUUUUUUUAAAUUUUGAAUUUAUGAAACCAGUGUUAUUUCAUUUUUUUCUGAAUUUAUGAAUGUGGUUCAAUUAUACAAUUUUUCAUUAAACUGCUAUUUCUUAAGUAAUUUAUGUUAAAUUCAAUAUACAAGUAUCAGUUUUUCUUUUCUUUCAAAUAUUAAGCCUGCUUCAAUAUCUGGUGUACAUGUACGUUUAUUCCCCCGAUCUGAAUUUUAUGGGGAAAUACUUAUUUCAAAUCAGACUCUGCUUGAGAUGGACUGUUAAUUGUUUGACAUUGAAAACUGUUCUACUGUUGAAAUAUUAUUGAGGAUACAUGUACUUUUAACAUGUACCACAUUUCAAGGUGUAAUUGUUUGCAAGGGAUGUGCAAUACAUUGAUACAAUUCAGUUUUAAAAUUUCAUGACUACUGUAUGUUGGGUUUAUAAUUUACAGUAUUACCUGUAUGCAUAUUAUUAAUGAAAACAGAGAAUUUUUGUUCCUCACAAUUUAUUGCACUAAGUAUUUCAUGGGAAUAUAAAUAAAAUAAA